AUGCCAAGAUCUCAGGAGACUUCAAGCAGCUCAGCAUCUGCUCUUCGAGCUUUGCAGCUCAAAGCAGGUCUUGCGCCGCGGCUUGAUUUCUGCGGCCUUCUUCGUCUUUGGAUGGCUGAGCAGGGUGGGGAGAUUCUAUGCAAGCAUGGGGUCGACGAGGACAAGGUGCUGGGGCUCGUGGCCGACUCCCUGGUGCUGCAGGUCCGUGCAGCUCAGUGUGCCUGCGCUUUGCGGGCCCUCCGUGCAGAGGAUGGUCGGUCUGCGGAGCUGAAGACCAAAGCAGCAGCAGACGAAGUCGCCAAGGAGCGGCAUUACCUGGCGCCGAAUCCAUGCGGAGUGGGUUUCGUUCUUGAUCCACGUCUGCUGGCUGUCGAGUUCCUCUUUGGCAUAAUGCUUCGAGAGACCCAGGUUGAGGUGCUGCGAGCGUUCUUGCAAGGCAAGGAGGACAGCUGGGUUCACCAGAUGCUGAUGGGAGGUGGUAAGACCUGCGUGAUAGCCCCAAUUUCGGCAGCCCUCCUGGCCACGCCUUCGCGUCUUUUCGUCGCCAUCGUCCCGUCCAGCCUCCUGACCUUCUCUCGAAGUCAGCUCCGCGCCCGUCUUUGCAACCCCUGCUUGGGGGUUCCUGUGCUCACGUUUGAUUUUUCCCGCGAGACACGAGUCACUUCGCAGCUUCUGCAUCGACUGCAGCACGCGCGACGAAAGCGCAGCGCCGUUUGCGCUUCGCCACAAAGCAUAAAGUUGCCGGCUGAGCAUUUCCAAUACGGCUGCCAUACUUCCACCUUCCUCGGUCGUGGCACUUGCCCUGCGAGCGCCAUGGCACCGGUGGAAGAGAUCACCACAACAGAGGUGGAUGGCGUCUGCCACGACGUGUGCCGCAUCAUGGCCAAGUUCCUGAACAGCAAGUCUCCUCCGUCUCCUCCACAGUCGGACGAGGAGGGCCUCCUCCUUCCUGACUGGAAAAAGGAGCAGGCUGUGCAGUACUUCCAACACAAUUUGGUCAUUGAUGACAAGUUCCACUCUAAUUGGUCUCGAACGCGAUCCGAGCUUUGUCUCGCUCAUUUCCGCAGGCUUGUGGACAGCUGGCACCCGGGCAAAAAGGAUUUCUGGAAGCAGUGCCGCGACUUCUGCAAGGAAUGGGCUGGCUGGCAGUCAGGACCUCCCGUGUGUCGGCCGCUGAGUGCUGGCAGGUUGAACAACUACCUGACGCACCUGGCUCGCGGAAGUGACGCGCAGGAGAUCAUACCGAGCCCAGAAAUGCUCGCUGCAGUUGACAGGUUUGGUAUCCGGGUGACCGACAUUCGGCUCACAAGCGAGAGCAUCUUCAAGUUCUGUCGGGACUGGACUGGCUUGGACUGGAGAGCAGACCACGCCAGCGACCCUUGUCCCUGGCCUGUGCCACAGGCAUUCAACGGAUUGCUCUGCAGCUGGAAACUAUUCGCACAAGCCCGUGGGCACAAUCGAGUUUACUUGAAUCCUCCCUGGUCACAUCUGGACCUCUGGCUCCGCAAGGCGGCCAUGGAGUACGCAACGGGUCUGCAGAUCUUGAUUGUGGUUCCAAGAUGGACGGAGGAAAGUUGCAUCUCAACCCUGACCUCGGCACAAUACAGCCUGAGGUUCGUUUCGCGACCACUGUCGCUCAAGACACGCAGGAUGUGGGAUGCAGAGUUCGCCCACCCCACGAGUGGCAAGGCUAUGGCUCCCUUGGACGUGACCUUGAUUUGGAUGGUGUAG